AUGAACGGCAGUACGACGACGGUGAAUGGCGGCGCCGUCAAUGGUACCAACGGCACAAUUAACGGAAUCGGAGCCGCACCGCGUACCGCGACACUCGGGACACCAAGCAGCUACGCGUACACGUCCAGCGGCUCGCUGCUAGGAAGGGGGGGCUCGGCCAGACCAGUGCCGCCGCCGACACUACCAAAGUACAGUGGAUCUUUCAGCGCCGGUAGCACUCUUAGCUCGACCGGCCUCCGGGAGCGCGACAGAGAAGGCACCGGAGGCUCGCACCGUUUAGCUAGCCUCGAAAGAUUGGCUUUACGUCAGCGCAUCAUUGAACAGAAUUCAAAUAAUCAGGUGUCGACUACAACCCCGCUUAAUAUAACUACGACCAAUGGACCCACCUCUGCCACUGCAACCCUUACCGAUACAGCCACGUUACAAAGUAAACGGGAGCUGUUCUUCAAGUCAGACUCAGUAAGUGGUGGUGGAGUGAACGUACCGGGUCUACCGAGUGGUGCGCCGCCGGCGCCCCCCGUCGCUCCAUCCGCGCUCAAAGACGCACUGUCAAAACGUUCGGCCACUCUUCCGGAACCUCACGAAAGUAACCAUCACGAGGCGAAUGGAGUCAAGAUCAGCAACAGUGUGUCAGUGGACGCAGGCAAAACGACUGCGCUUCCGCAGAUGUCCGCACCACCUGUGCCUACCACAGCGCCACCAUCCGUUCCUACUUCGCUCAGGAAUACAGAGAAGAAGGUCGAACAUCCACCCGUAGCGCCAAAACCGGAGUUACCUAAGAUAGAUAAACCAAAAACCAAAGAAUUAGACGGCUAUGUCGGUUUCGCAAACUUACCAAACCAGGUAUACAGGAAGGCUGUGAAGAAAGGAUUCGAGUUCACACUGAUGGUAGUGGGUGAGACCGGAUUAGGAAAAUCGACAUUAAUAAACUCGUUGUUUCUAACGGAAGUGUACGAUAGAGACAAACACCCGGGCCCGUCGUUGCGAGUCAAGAAAACUGUAGGAGUAGAGACAAGUGUUGUUCUGUUGAAGGAAAAUGGUGUUAACCUCACUCUUACGAUCGUCGAUACUCCUGGAUUUGGUGACGCAGUUGAUAAUAGCAAUUGUUGGCAACCAAUAAUCGACUUUGUUGAGUCGAAAUACGAAGAGUUUUUGAAUGCGGAAUCUCGAGUCGCUCGGAAGCCGGCGCCGCCGGACACCCGAGUCCACUGCUGCUUAUAUUUUAUCGCGCCCAGCGGACACGGUCUGAAGCCACUCGACGUCGAAUUCAUGCAGCGGCUCGGCGACAAAGUCAACAUUAUACCUGUCAUCGCUAAGGCCGAUACUAUGACGCCUGAGGAGUGCAAGGAGUUUAAGGAACAGAUAAUGAAAGAAAUAGCCCAGCACAAGAUAAAAAUCUAUGAAUUCCCUGAGAGCGGUGGCGAGGAGGGCGACGGUGCGGAGGCGACCAAAGCCCUGCGUGCCAGAGUGCCCUUCGCGGUCGUAGGUGCAAAUACUGUCAUUGAGACCGAGGGGAGGCGGAUUCGAGGCCGGAAGUAUCCUUGGGGCAUUGCUGAAGUGGAAAACUUGGAACAUUGUGACUUCCUGGCGCUGCGCAACAUGGUGAUCAGAACGCAUCUCCAGGACUUAAAGGACGUAACAAGUUCCGUCCACUACGAAAACUACCGCUGCCGGAAACUGGCAGGCCUGUCUCACGACGGCAAACCACACAGGAUAAAUUCUAACAAGAAUCCUUUAGCCCAGAUGGAAGAGGAAAAACGAGAACAUGAUCUAAAAAUGAAGACGAUGGAAAGCGAAAUGCAACAGGUGUUCGAGAUGAAGGUGCGCGAGAAGCGCGCGAAGCUGAAGGAGUCGGAGGCGGAGCUGGCGCGGCGGCACGAGGCCACGCGGCGCGCGCUGGAGGCGCAGGCGCGCGAGCUGGACGAGCGCCAGCGCGCGCUGGCGGCCGAGCGCGCCGCCUGGGAGCGCGACACCGGCCUCUCGCUCGACGACCUGCGCCGCCGCUCGCUCGAGGCCAACAGCAAGGAGACGGUAGACGGAAAGGAUAAAAAGGACAAAAAAAAGAAAGGUUUGUUCUAG